CCCCCAUACGUGCCAAGCUUUCCGAGGAAAUGAGGUGAACCGAACGCCGUGGGCCAUGCCCCUCUCUCCCCUCCCCUCCCCUCCCCGCCGGUGGGUUGCGCUGAGCCGCGCGCCCAUAAAAGCCAAGCCCCCCACGAAGCCUCGCCCUUCUCGCCCUCGCCUCGCCCUCGCCUCUUUUCACCACCGCCUCCGCCACGGCGACACCGUGUCGUACUUCUGCUGCGGGGAGGGAGGGGGGGUGCGGAGGCCGCGGCGUCCCCCGGAUUGGGUGCAUGCGCCCGCCGCCGCGAGGUUGUUCCUCUGUGCCGCCUGCUGUGACCUGACGACGCUCUCGCCUGGGGAGAGGAGGAAGCGCGUGGACGUGGUGGGGCUGACUGACCAUGGAUGAGUAUCGGCCACGACGGUCGCCGGCGAGCGAGCGGUUCAUAGGGAUGUUCGCGUCGCCGUCGCCCUCGUCGUCCCCGACGGAGCCGUCGUUCGUGGCCGGGGACGAGUUCCACGAGGACGAUUUCCUGUUCUCGUCGUCCCCUGCCGCGCCCUCGAGCACGCGGCCUGAGGGGCCCGGGAACCCCAGCAGGGUGCCGCAGGGGCAGCUCGGGCUCCUCGCCGCGUUGCACGAGGGGGACAAGAGGCUCCUGCUCCGCCGUGGCGGUGGGGGAGGAGGAGGAGGAGGAGGAGGAGGAGGGGGCGCGGCUGCUGCCGCCGCGGCUUCCGCGGGGACGCUGCUCCGGCGCAAGGCGACAAUCGCGGCGGCCGCCGCCUCGGCGUCUGGCGGCUCGCUGUCACCUACCCAGUCACCGACUUCUGCUGCGCGGGCCAUCCCGAUGACCCCGAGGCAGAAGAACACCGGGCCAGCGGCCCCGUACCACCAGUCCGCUCCAGUGAAGGUCCCCGUCCGACCGCCCCGGAAGCAGGAGAUGGUCCCGUGGGACGAGCUCGACGACGACGACUUCCUCCGGAACGGUGACGCUGCCAUGCUGCCCCCACACGAGAUGGUCGCGCGAGCGUCCACCGGCGGGGCCGGCCCGGCCGCCCCGUUCUCCAUGCUCGAGGGCGCCGGCCGCACGCUCAAGGGCCGUGACCUGCGGCGAGUGCGCGACGCCGUGCUCCGGCAAACCGGCUUCCUCGACUGAAUUCGCAAAGGUGAUGUGGCUCUGGCUUUUUGUUCAGGUCCGCAUGCUCAGAGUCGUCGUGGAUUGCUUACAUUUUAGGGUAUAAUUUAGUGGGUUGUUCGUGUAGAUCGAGAAUUAAAACGAUGAGUUAAGGCAACAAAUUGAGUUAGUUUUUUUAGUGCAACUGCUUGCAAUUUUGGUGCCCUUGGAGGUGUGUGCGUGCGUGUGUAUGUGAGUGAGAUAUUCCUGUAAGUUUCAACAGUAAUGAGAACUGGCAUCUUGUGUUUGCGAGCUCUCCGUAAUUCACAAGGAGCAAAUUUUGACAGGUUAACAAACCUGUUAGGUGUAUCUAUCGUGAUAAUUUUCUCAAGAAUUAUGGUUGUUUAAUCUUAG